AUGGUAGCAACCAUAACGUGGUGCACUAUCCUGGAUGAGGAGUCUGGCGGUCACCAGCACAACUCCUUGCCACCCUUUGUUGACGUCCUGCCACCUGGACCCUUCUUUGACAUCGAGCGCUCUGGCAACGUCACCGCGCUGGUCAAUCAACCAGCCAAACUCAACUGCAGGGUCAACAAAAUUGGCAACAGAACGGUGUCGUGGCUGCGACAUAGAGACACACACUUGCUCACUGUAGGGGCAUACACCUACACAUCUGAUCAGAGGUUCAGGGCUGUGCACACCGCAGGCUCCGAGGACUGGGCACUUACAGUUAAGUUUGCUCAAGUUCGGGACUCAGGAAUGUAUGAGUGCCAGGUGUCCACGACGCCACCCAUGAGGCACUACAUCUGGCUCACAGUUGUAGAGCCCAUGACGACCAUAUACGGGAGUGGGAACGUCUUCAUCAACAAUGGCAGCAACAUCAACCUGACCUGCGUCGUAGACUUCACGCCCAAGCCGCCUUCCUACGUCAUCUGGAAGCACAAUAAUAAGGUCAUCACGUACGACAGUGAGCGGGGAGGAGUGAGUGUGUUGACAGAGAAGGGUCCCAGAACCACCACCAACCUCUUUGUAAGAGGUGCGUCCGUCAAGGACUCCGGCACAUACUCCUGCAACCCCAGCAGCGCUCCCGUCGCCGAGGUGCUAGUCCAUGUAUUAAAUGGUACAAGUGUUCCAGCACAACAAACCAGAACAUCUAAGGCGACACCUUCCUCGUCAAGAAAAGCGUCCAGCUUCAUUGAACUUAUAACAGUUCAACAUUGGACCACAAAACGUGUCCACAUACUUUUUUACAAAAUUCUUUUCGUCUUCCAAGGAUUGUUUGGAUGACAAAUGGCUUCUUGUAUUGUUUCUUAAUUUUCUUAUAGCUUGUUAAAUAACAAUUUUUAUCUGCAUUUUUUUUGUAUAAUCUGCUAAAUAUGCAUAAUAAUAUUUUUAAUUUACGUAUUAAAACAAUACUGUUUUGUUUUAGAACGUUUAAUACAAACUCUUAAUAUCUGUGGUUUCUGGAAAAAUUUUUAUCCACAUCAUAUAUAUCUUUUUUAUAUACUGUAAUUUGUAUUACCUUGUUGCCUUUUCAGCUUUAGCAUAGAAUCCUAAUUUUUCUUCUCAGCAUCCGGACACAUGUGUAGUAGGUGGAAGAUGCUGUAAGACAUAGGUGGAGACAUAGGUAGUAUUCGGAGCACUGUAAGACAUGGGUGGGGAGAUGGGUAGUAAGGUAAGCAAUGUAAGACAUGGAUCCUUUCAUAAACCUUGGUAAUAGAUACCGACAAGUUGGUUUAGAAAAACACGUAAGCAAACACUAGGACGUAUAUAGGCGGAGAGUGAGGUGUGAGUGACGCAUGGUAACCUGAAGAAUGUCAUAUCGGAAUGAGGAUGAUUAGACGAUGGAAUCAUGUGACUCCUGCGUUGCUGGGUAGGUGGCGCUUUUCUUGGUUGAGUAUAAUAUAUAUUAAUGUUUUAGAAAUUUUGUUGUUUCUAGUAUUGUUUUCUAUGGUAUCGGUGACGGCGAUUAGCGAGGUUUUCAGACAUCGUCAGAAUCUAAGGUCUUUCUUGGCGAGGACGAGUCGCACCUCAUCCCAAUUCAUCAAAUGUCCCAUGGAGUCCCUGUGGAGGACACAGGCGUACCUUAAGUCAUCUCUAUUGCUGGCAUUUCGAUGUUUGUUCAGGUGAACUGAAAGAUAUCUGCCUGUUUUCCCUACAUAUUUUUUGGGACAGUAUCCACAAGGGAUGGUGUAGACGCCUGCUGUGUAAGUUAGAG